AUGACGGACCUCGCUCCCAAGCAGCCAAACGGCCCAAGAACGCCGAAGACGGCGGAAAAUAUCCGAGAUUAUGUGAGAAGAUACGGGGCUUCUGGUCUAACCACCACGCUCGGUAACCUCAAUACCGAAAAAGAGAGUGAUGCGCGUCGGGAAGAAGCAACUGGGCAUCUGCCUAAAAGUCCAGAUACGGACAUAGACGAGGAGCCACCCGCAAGCUUCAGGAAGCCUGGAGACCUGUUUACGGUGCGAAGAACGCCAAAGGAUGAGGGCCACUAUCAAGACGGAGUCCUCGGCAGCGCAGUUAAAAAGGCCAUGGACACAGGAGACCCUGGUGCUAUGAUCAGUCAUGGUAUCUUGGGAGAGGACCUAUUGGGAUAUCCCACUCGCACACAUUACCCAAGGAUAUCUUGGGGCAUUAGGCCUUUUUACCCCUUGUGGUCCGAUAGGACCUAG